CAAUAUGGCUGCAAGUAAAAAAUUGUAACGCUGCGGGAAAAAAAUCGGAAAAAAUGCAUCUUGCAUUGAAAUUUGUGCUCGCAUUUUAAGCAAAUAAAUCAAAUUAACGAAAACAAGACUAUAACGGAUAGGAAAACACUGGAAAAACGAGUGCGCGUUUAAAAAUCUGUGCGGAAAAGAGAAAAACGUUAAAAUACGCCGGUGGCCCCGCCAAAAAAAAAGAGACUCCCCCUUCCACUUAAGCAAAGUGAUUGCUUUUUUGAAAAUAUAACAAGAAAAUAAAUAAAAUACAACCCAAGCGUAAUGGAGGCAGACAUAACGCCUGUGGCAGAAACUAAUGGAACCGCCGGGAUUAGUCCCGAGCUACGCGAGGGAGCGCAGGAGAACGCUCAGGGAAACCCGGAGCCACAGCAACAGGAGAGCGUCAAAUCCCUGGAUGGCGGCGCUGAACCUGUGGGAGGGAUUAUGGAUUACCUAGAGAAUUCCGAAGCCAGGGCAUCCACAACUGGUAAUGAAGGGGCAGAGGCGGAAUACCUGGACGAAGAAAUGCCGACGGAGGAGGAGAAGGAAGCCGAUGGCGGCCCAGUGCAGACGAAGCAAGCCAAGACAGGCGCGCAGGUAACAAGCAAUAACGAUUCCGAGCACACUGCAGCUGCCGAAGACCAGUUAAACCCAGCCGAAGAUGGCGAAAAGGUAGCUGGACGUGCUACAGCUGAUGAGGAAAAAGACGAUCCAGAAGUCGCCGGAGAAGAAGGCGCCGAAGAACCUACAAAAAAGGCCGUAGAAAAAGUCACUGGCGAAGAAGACGACGAGGAUGAAGCCUCAAAGGGAGAAGGCGAAGGCCUAGAAGCCGACAAGGAUGAAGAAGAAGGUGAAGAAGGAGCUGCCGAUGAGGCAGAAGAUGAAGGUGAAGAUGCCGACGGCGAAGAAGCCGACGAGGAAGAUGAAGAUGGCACUGAAGAUCCCACCGAGGAAGGAGAGGAAGUUCUGGAGCCCGAGGCCAGCGACGAAGAGGGCGAACUAAUUACAGGCGAUGAGCCCGGUGAACAUGUCGAUGGCGAGGCCACAGAAGCUCCAACUCGCGAACGCAAAAUCGAGGAGGUGGUGGACGAGAAUCAGUGUCGCGUCUGCACUAGCAAGGAGGAUCUAGUCGACCUGUUCAAGAAGCAAAUCGAUGCCACGCCCGCGGACAUGCUGCUGGUCAUCUGCCCCAGUGUCUCGAUUCUGCCCAAGGACUUUAUGCCCCAAUUCAUCUGCACUAAGUGCCUGGAGAGCCUCACUAUUGCCAUACAGCUGCGGAAGCAACUGGAGACCACGGACCAGGAUCUGCGCAAGCGCUUGUCCCGCAGCAAGAACAAGGUGCGGCGACCCCGCGGCUACGUGGUCAUUGAUGCACCAGUAACAGAUUCCAGUGAGGAUGAGGAGGAGCUCGAUGAUGAGUUUAAGGUAUCCGAUGUUGGUGGAUCAACGAGUGCGGAUAGUGAUUCCGUAGAUUCCGAUGCCAGUUCGCAGAAGAAGGAGAAGAAGAAGCCAGGACGUCCGGGACGUCCGCGAAAGACCCCAUUGAAGAGGAGUAAUGAGGACGACGAUGACGAAUCGCCCAGUGUUCCGAAGAAGAAGUAUCCAACCACGCCGGCAGCAUCUGUCGGUCCAUUUGAGUGCGAACACUGCGAUCUGACCUUCUCCCGCAAGCAAUCCUAUGUGCUGCACCGCAAGACUCAUGAACGAACGGAGCAUGCUUGCCCCAUUUGCGGCAAGAAGUUCAAAGUGGAGUGGGCCUACAAGACGCACAUGGAGCGGCACGAACAGGAGCGUGCGCAGUUCCGCUGUGAACUGUGCUCCCAGGUAUUCCGACUACGGGCAGAACUCAAACGCCAUAUGGCCGUGAAGCAUGAUGAGCACGGCUUUAUCUACGAGUGCAAGCGUUGCCAGAGGACCUUCCUAACAUCGCAGCGAUUGCAGCGCCACCAAGCCAUCGGCUGCCAGCGGCCUAGGGAAGAGGUGCGGAUUAAGGAGGAGCCACGGAUCAAGAUGGAGCCACGCAUCAGCCAUUCCCACGGCCAUGGAAACCACGGUAAGCGGCGCCACGGAGAGGGUCGAGAUCUAUUCAAGGCAGUUGCCCCACCAACCACCACUUACUGGAGCGACAGCUUCUCGGACUAGGAUGUCGAAAUGGAGUUUUAAUCAACGAUUUUACGUUUCCCAUUAGAUGUAAAAAAUAAGUGCAAACAAAUCACAUUUGUAAUAAAUACAAAGUAAGAUAGAUGGACACAAAAUGAUGUUUAAAUACACACUUCUAUCUAAGCGGAUAAGUAAAGAUAAUCAAAUAAAAACUAUGAUUUAUGGAUAAA